GUUGAAUACUUUAAGCGACCAUGUGGAUUUGUAAAAUAGUUAUAUAUUCCCUGCUCUUCGGACUCGUUGCUGCUCAGAUCUGUGAGGUUACGAGUAAAAGGCAUAUUAAUAAAGUUACCACGAUUGUCAAAAAUAAAGUUUGCUGUAAGGGAUAUAAAAAAGUAAUUAGCAGCGCGGCACUCAGAUGCGUUGCACAAUGCAACGGAGUGCAAGGCUGCGGAAGUGGCUCCUGCACGAAACCAAAUGUCUGUACCUGCCGGAAAGGAUAUGCCAACUUAAAUAACGAUCCAUCUAACAAAUGUGUGCCCUUUUGCAAGGGCUGCAGUCGAGGAACCUGCCAAUCUCCCAACCGCUGUGUCUGUUCCGACCGCCACCGGCUAGACAAAAAGACAAACAACUGCCUGCCCAUAUGUGACAGUGGUUGUCCGAAUGGAACUUGCAUAACGCCGAACAAGUGUAGGUGCAACCAAGGAUACCAGCUGAAUGCAACCACCCAGGUGUGUCUGCCAAUAUGCAAGGAUAACUGCAAGGCAGCCAACGGCUUCUGCGCGGCUCCCAAUCGAUGCGAGUGCAAUCCAGGUUUCAUUGCCAAGCCGGAUUCCAAAUCAUUUGAAUGCCAGCCGGUCUGCAAAAAUGGCUGCAGCAACGGGGUUUGCCGGGCUCCCGACAAAUGUGAGUGCAACAAAUUCUACAGAAAGCACAUCGAUGGCAACUGCGUGCCAAUCUGCGAAGACGGAUGCGUGAAUGGAAACUGCACUGCACCGGACGUCUGUCAAUGUCUGCCGGGAUAUACGAAAAUCGGGCAAAAUGUUUGCCUGGCCGUUUGUCCCGGUGGCUGCAAGAACGGAGAUUGCGUGGCGCCCAAUGAGUGCUCCUGCAACGCUGGAUACACAAAGCGGGAAGGUGUCUGCACUCCAGAUUGCAAGGAUGGAUGUGAGAACGGAUUCUGUGCAGCUCCUGAAAAGUGUUCCUGCAAUGAGGGGUAUGACAUGGACAGUGAAAACAAGUGUGUACCAGUUUGCUCAGGUGGAUGUGAGAACGGAUUCUGUGCAGCCCCAGAAAAGUGUUCCUGUAAUGAAGGAUACAGCAAGGAAACGGAUAAAAGUUGUUCACCAAUCUGCUCCAAUGGUUGUGAGAACGGAUUCUGUGCUGCUCCAGAAAAGUGUUCGUGUAAUGAAGGAUACAGGAUGGAAACGAAUAACAGUUGUUCACCAAUCUGUUCAAAAGAAUGUGAGAACGGAUUCUGUGCUGCUCCAGAAAAGUGUUCGUGUAAUGAAGGAUACAGGAUGGAAACGAAGAACAGUUGUUCACCAAUCUGCUCAAAAGAAUGUGAGAACGGAUUCUGUGCAGCCCCAGAAAAGUGUUCCUGUAAUGAAGGAUACAGCAAGAAAACGGAUAGUAGUUGUUCACCAAUCUGCUCCAAUGGUUGUGAGAACGGAUUUUGUGCUGCUCCAGAAAAGUGUUCCUGCCAUGAGGGGUAUGAAAUGAACAGUAAAAACAAGUGCGUACCAGUUUGCUCAGGUGGAUGUGAGAACGGAUUCUGUGCAGCCCCAGAAAAGUGUUCCUGUAAUGAAGGAUACAGGAUGGAAACGAAUAACAGUUGUUCACCAAUCUGCUCAAAAGUAUGUGAGAACGGAUUCUGCGCUGCUCCAGAAAAGUGUUCGUGUAACAAAGGAUACUUGAUGGAAACGAAUAACAGUUGUUCACCAAUCUGCUCAAAAGAAUGUGAGAACGGCUUCUGUGCUGCUCCAGAAAAGUGUUCGUGUAAUGAAGGAUACAGGAUGGAAACGAAUAACAGUUGUUCACCAAUAUGCUCAAAAGAAUGUGAGAACGGAUUCUGUGCUGCUCCAGAAAAGUGUUUGUGUAAUAAAGGAUACAGGAUGGAAACGAAUAACAGUUGUUCACCAAUUUGCUCAAAAGAAUGUGAGAACGGAUUCUGUUCUGCCCAAGAAACGUGUUCUUGUAAUGAAGGAUACAGCAAGGAUACAAAUAAUAGUUGUUCACCAAUAUGCUCCAAUGGUUGUGAGAACGGAUUCUGUUCUGCUCCAGAAAAGUGUUCCUGCAAUGAGGGGUAUGAAAUGGACAGUAAAAACAAGUGUGUACCAGUUUGCUCAGGUGGAUGUGAGGACGGAUUCUGUGCAGCCCCAGAAAAGUGUUCCUGUAAUGAAGGAUACAGCAAGGAAACGGAUAAUAUUUGUUCACCAAUCUGCUCCAAUGGUUGUGAGAACGGAUUCUGUGCUGCUCCAGAAAAGUGUUCCUGCAAUGAGGGGUAUGAAAUGGACAGUGAAAACAAGUGUGUACCAGUUUGUUCAGGUGGAUGUGAGAACGGAUUCUGUGCAGCCCCAGAAAAGUGUUCGUGUAAUAAAGGAUACAGGAUGGAAACGAAUAACAGUUGUUCACCAAUCUGCUCAAAAGUAUGUGAGAACGGAUUCUGCGCUGCUCCAGAAAAGUGUUCGUGUAACAAAGGAUACUUGAUGGAAACGAAUAACAGUUGUUCACCAAUCUGCUCAAAAGAAUGUGAGAACGGCUUCUGUGCUGCUCCAGAAAAGUGUUCGUGUAAUGAAGGAUACAGGAUGGAAACGAAUAACAGUUGUUCACCAAUCUGCUCAAAAGUAUGUGGGAACGGAUUCUGUUCUGCCCCAGAAACGUGUUCUUGUAUUGAAGGAUACAGCAAGAAUACAAAUAAUAGUUGUUCACCAAUCUGCUCCAAUGGUUGUGAGAACGGAUUCUGUGCUGCUCCAGAAAAGUGUUCCUGCAAUGAGGGGUAUGAAAUGGACAGUAAAAACAAGUGUGUACCAGUUUGCUCAAGUGGAUGUGAGAACGGAUUCUGUUCAGCCCCAGAAAAGUGUUCCUGUAAUGAAGGAUACAGCAAGGAAACGGAUAAUAGUUGUUCACCAAUCUGUUCAAAAGGAUGUGAGAACGGGAUCUGUGUUGCCCCAGAAGAGUGUGCUUGCUAUGAAGGAUACAGCAAGGAAACUGAAAGCAGUUGUGCACCCAUUUGUAAGGAUGGGUGUGACAACGGGCUUUGCGUAUCUCCAAAUGUUUGCAAGUGUGAUGACGGAUUUUUAUACCUUGCAGAAUAUAGGAGUUGUGGACUUAAGAAAAAUGUACUCAGCGUUGCAGAUUGUGAUCAGACCUGCCGAAAUGGAACCUGCAUUGAAGGAACGUGUACUUGUGGUGAAUAUUAUAAACUGCUUGAGGACAACAACGGGCAAUUCUGUCUUCCGAUUUGCGAGCCCGAGUGCAUCAAUGGAUUCUGUGAAUCUCCAGGAUCUUGUGUUUGCUGGGAUGGAGAGAGUCCGAAAGAUGGAUAUUCUUGUCAAUCUAUGGAUUCUUUUGGUUCAUUAACACGCCACGAAAAGAAAUUAAGACAAUUGAAGUGGUCAUUUAUAACGAUUGCUGCCAUGGCUUUGAUGUUGGCUAUAAUUACCGCAGUGGUGAUGAUGUAUAUCUUUAAAAAACGCUCGUAUCACGUGGACAAGAACGAGAGGGAGUUCGGUGUAUAUUUUUCUCCCAAAAAGGUUGAUAUUAUUAGAGCAUAAGCUUCAACGGCAAGCCAUUAAUAAAAUAAAG